AUGGCGAAGAAGGUAAACAGCGAACCAAUAAUGUCCAACUUGAAGAGUGACUCAAACAACAUUGAGUCGGCUAUCGACGAUGACGACUUUUACACCUCGUCAAAUGGAAGCAUAUCACUGUUUAGUGACUCACCACAGUUGAUGCGUAGUGACUCGACUACUUCAGUUCCAUUUUUGGAUCUUUCUAAACUAGUAUUUGCAAGGGACUUUGACUUUGGGCUAGAUUUAAAUGGAGUUGGUAAUUCUACGAAGAGGAGGAUUAAUAGUGUGAAAAACAAAACGAAGGAGAAGUUCAACAUCUACAACAAGAAAGGCAAUAUUGAAUUGGACAAGUUGCAAGAUAUUUUAAACCAGAGGUUGGCCAAAUUUGAUGAGAGAAUACAUAAGAACCUUACCAGCACAUCGACUGAAAAAUUGUUUUACGCAAUCAGUGUAUUUAUUAUUGCGUGUGCUGGAUUCACAAUUGGUAAAUACCCAGAAUAUUUUCCUCAUUUUCACACAGGGCUCUUUGUUGUGUUAAUGCCAAUUAGAUUCUACACUUAUUUCAAGCAAUCUUUCCAGUACUACUUGGCAGAUUUGUGCUACUAUGUGAAUUUGUUGUUAUUGUUAUUUAUUUGGGUCUUUCCUCAAUCACCUACAUUGUUUGUAUCGGUGUUUUCGCUAUCCUUAGGGACCUUGUCGUGGGCUGUUAUCACUUGGAGGAAUUCAUUGGUGCUCCACUCGGUGGAGAAGACCACUUCGUCUUUUAUUCACAUCAUGCCUCCUGUCACUAUGUUUGUAAUUGUUCAUGAACUAGAUCCAGAGUAUAUCAAAGAACGAUAUCCUGGGAUCGCCGCCAUUGACAGCUGGAACUUUAUCACCAGUUUAGUCGUCACAUCGAUAUAUUACACAAUUUGGCAAGUUUCGUACCAUUACUUUAUCACAAUAAAGCGCAAGGCAGAGAUAGAAAAGGGUAAAGUUACCUCUUUUUCGUACUUGAAAAAGAAGAACAAAUCAACACCAUUGGGUAAGUUUGUUAAUGGAUUGCCUUACUUGUGGAUGCAAACUCUUGCGUUUACGCUAAUUCAAUUUGGAUAUCAAUUACUCACCAUGUUACCUUGUCCCAUCUGGUUCAAAUAUAAGCAUGCCUGUGGUGCGUUUGUCUCAUUCAUUUUUAUUUGGGCAAGUUACAAUGGAGCCACCUGGUACAUUGAUGUAUUUGGAAAGAGGCUAGAAAAAGAGGUUGAGAAUUUAAAGAGAGAAGUAGGUAAGUUGCAACAAGAAAACCACCAAUUACAGCUUUCCCCUGUGAACAGACCGCAGAAUGGGGAAGAGGUUAAACCUUAUGAUCUCAAUGGGGAAUUGAAGGAAAAUACAGUGAAUUGA